AUGCAGAAAUUCAAAUCAUCUCUCCGUCUUACAUCCGCUCUACGUACAGCGGGUCCUCGAACUACCCCGGUUCGUCACUUCGCGACCGAAGCGCGGUUAACCACGGACCACGUCCGCAUCGUCGAAGUCGGUCCUCGAGAUGGACUACAGAACGAGAAGAAGUCGAUCUCACUAGAGACAAAGCUUGAGUUAAUUAACAGGCUUGCAAAGACUGGCGUAACUACAAUCGAAGCCGGGUCUUUCGUGCCUGCAAAAUGGGUGCCGCAGAUGGCGAGCACAUCCGAAAUCCUUCAAUACCUCAUCAAAACACCACCCCAAUCACAAAACCAGAUUGCAUACAACUACCUCGUCCCCAACAUCCGCGGCCUAGAGAAUCUUGUCAAAGUCAUGGAAGCUGAAGGCGCAACAACAGUCGGAUCCAAAGAUGAUCCCAAAGCAAGCACCACCACUGAAAUCUCCUUAUUUGCUGCCGCAACAGAAUCCUUCUCCAAAGCGAACACGAACUGCUCGAUUACCGAGUCAAUAGAGCGAGUAAGGCCGAUUGUCGCAUUGGCUAAGGAGAAGGAUAUCAGAGUACGCGGCUAUGUGUCUGUUGCACUGGGCUGUCCCUACGAAGGACCGGAUGUGUCUCCGGGUAAAGUCGCUGAAAUUACGGCGACGUUACUCGAAAUGGGCGCCGAUGAAGUCUCGGUUGCUGAUACUACUGGCAUGGGCACUGCGCCGCGCACCUUGGAGCUUCUGCAAGCUCUUUCUGCGGCGGGAAUUGCCAAUAGUGACCUUGCACUUCAUUUCCAUGAUACAUAUGGACAGGCACUAGUCAACACGAUUGUGGGACUGGAACAUGGAAUUAGAAUAUUUGACAGUAGUGUGGGUGGAUUGGGCGGCUGUCCUUAUUCGAAGGGUGCUACGGGCAACGUCUCGACCGAGGACUUGGUGCAUACCCUGCAUGGUCUGGGGAUGCACACGGGUAUUGAUUUGGAGGAGAUGUCGCGAAUUGGUGCAUGGAUUAGCGAGCAACUUGGACGUGCAAAUGAUAGCAGAGCCGGGAAAGCGACUCUUGCGCGCAUUGCUGGAGAGAAGAGCUGA